UUCGAUCAUGGCGUAUCUGAAUCAACCCGAUUAUGUACGUUACGUUUGUAACUGUGGAUCCUUGAAACCAAUUUAUAAGAUUUAUUACUGUAGGUAUUGUUCGAAAAUUCGGUGUGGUUACUGUCUCUGUCAAGAGGUUGAUUCUCAUUAUUGCCCUAACUGUAUGGAGAAUUAUCCAUUGUCAGAGGCCCGUCUUAAAAAAAACAAGUGUUCAAACUGUUUCGAAUGUCCUUGCUGUUUUCAUACUUUAUCCACAAGAGCCGGCCAUGUGCCUGUAAGAGUUACAUCUGCAGAAAGAGAAGAUGUUAAAGAUGUUAAAACAACACCAAAGAAAGUUUAUUAUUUAUUUUGUUCAUUAUGCAGAUGGACCUCUAGAGAUGCUGGUAUUCCAGAUCAGUCUGUAGCUACUGGAGGUUGGCCUGAACAAGAAAAUCCACAUACCAGUCGUAUUAAUGCUUUAAUUGAUUAUCAUAAAAUAUUAGCUUCGAUAGAAAAGCAACAAUCCGAGAAGAAGAAUCGUCCGACACGUCCUUUCAUGCCAAUGGCCAUGUUUACUAUAACAUCUGCUAUGGUUCGUAAACGUAUUGGUCAGGCUGCGGAAACUCCGACGCGGACACAAUCAAACGAUCAUCCUCCGCCAUCCGUUGCUAGCGAAGAGGUAGAGGAAUUACCAGCCGAAAUUUUUACAGAUCCUGUAGACAUAACUAAGAUUACCACAUUAGAACAAAGACUGCAACAUCUGGAUGCGCAAGCAGAGAAAGUGAAUGAACUACGUCCGCAGAAUCGGCAGUACUUAAUCAGGAGAUCACAGCGCUGUCGUGCUUGUGAUCAUAUUCUUAGUAAACUAGAUCUUUGCGUACAGUCUAUAAAGUUUAAGAUUCAGUUAGCUGCAUUUUAUCAUGUGCCGGAGGUAAGAGUUGUUGUUUGCGAACCACUUCAUCCAGGCAAAAAAAGUGAAUUAUAUUUAAAAUUUUGUAAUCCAACUCAACAUCAAACUCAAGUAGUAUUGUUACCAUUGGACACGCCAAUGACCUCAGAAGAUGUUACAAGCGAGAAAGAAGAUGUUAAACAGGAGAACAUACCUCAGGCUCCCGUGUCACCAAAUUUAUUACCGUGGAUUGUACGACAAGUGCCUAUAGUAGAAGAAACCAAGCCUAUAAAAAUUAGUGCAAACGCAAGUGUACUUUUGCCACAACGUCCUCUUAUACUUCCUCCUAGAGACGAUGCCGCUGAGUAUGAUUAUACGGGAGAUACUCAUAACUUUCAAGAUGAUACUAAGCUCGUGAUCUGGCGAAAAGCAAACAAGGCAAUUAUAAAAUUAGAUGUAACACCGUAUGAAAAUUUAAAGGAGACUGAAAAUGAACCUGUCAUAAUUGGAUUUGUUAUGCAGUAUGGAUAUGUGAACACAAUCACAACAUUAGAACAUAAAGCACCGAAAAAACUGGAUCUCAAAGUUCAACUGUAUUUAACUGUGGGAACUCUUGUUGGCAGUGCUUAAUGUUUGUCACAGAUACUAACAUUUACAAAUUAAUAAAAUUACAAUAUAAACAAUGUAACAAUACAUCAAAUUUCUAAAUAUCGCGUGAAACUACUUUCACACGUUGCAAUUAAAAUCGUCUAAUUAAUUUAUAUUAAUUUUAGAAUUAAUACUGAUU